AUGUGCCGAUUUGUCAGGGCGUGUCGAGCGGUGGGUUGGCUCGCGUCUGACUGUGCGCGCCCCGAACACGGCUCGCGAAGGCAACCUCCGCUUAUCUCAGCCAGCGAUGGCAUUACGAUUCCCGCCGGCUUGAUCUUCCCUCUCCAUCCUCUCUCUGACGCGCAACACUUCGGCCCAUCGGCCUCUCGUCCCCCGCGGCUCCCCGGCCGUCCUCGGCACCCUCUCGUCUCACUGACUCACCCCCGACCUCACCCACUCGCGGUGCGCACAGUCGGCCACAACUCGCAGCCGCAAGCUCUUCCAUCGAUAACGAACAAGGCAGCCAACCGACGUCGCCACACCACGCCACUGCCGUGCCGUGUGCGCCGAAUAGGAAUUCCGAGUGCCACUUCCACGCCCGCGCGCUUCCUCGUCUCGACACGGCUCCUCUCCGAGAUCCAUGUAGCACAGACGACGUGCCACCUGCGCGUUCCAGGAUUCUAUGGAAUCCAUGCCAAGCGAGACGCCUCGCGCCGUCCUUCUCGCGGCAUGGGUCCUCCCCGGCCGCGCUUCCGAUCACCAGACACGGCGUACGAAUAUCCCAACCUCAGUCCCCGAGUGGCGCCAGUCCUCGGAGCCCAAUCCACCGAAAUCAGUUCAAAUCCGAUUUUCAAGCCCCAAGCGGCCCCAAGCCUCCCCGUCACUGCCCACAAGCCGCCCGCUCGCCGCUUGGCUACGGCGCUCUCCUUUCACCUGACUUCCUCUUCAGGCGCGAUCACUGUCGAUUUUGAUAGCUACCGAUACUACAACUGUACUGGUGUCCUAUCAGUCGUGAUUAUUAUUCACAUCGUUUGCCGCAUUAGUCGCGCAACUAGUUGUGCUCCCCUGGUGACGGACUCCGGCGCGCUCAUCAUCCUGCGCCGGGCGACAAUGUCCAAAUCGCACCAUGACUGGACCAGUUACAGCGCCUGUGAAAGCGCAGGAUCGUAUCACAGCGUAUCACCGUACACCGCCUCGGAAUAUACUACUAGGUGUCCCUGA